CUUCAUUCUGCUCCGGUUUCAUAACGUUCAAGUUACCAUGAGUCGGUCGGCGGCCACCCGCCUGGUCGAGAGCGACGACGACGACGAGUAUGGCAACAACAGCCAGCACGACGUGGUCUUGAGCCGCGAAGACUUCGACUUGCUGCAGGCGUUCCACAAGCUCAUUCCAGUGCCGGCGCUCGCGUCCGGCAUCACGCGCGUCGUGUGCGACGAAGAGCUCCAAGUUGGCGACGAAGCGAUGCCGGCGCCUGGUCCCGAGGUCGACGACGUGCCCGAAGCAGCCUCGCUGAGCGCGAGUGCAUCGCACGUCUCGAUCGUCCGGCGCCUCUCGCGGUCCUCGACGCCGGAGGGCGUCUUGCGACUGACCAAGCCGUUGACCAAGGAGGUCGACCUCGCCAAGUUUACACCGCGCCAGCCCCAGCCACCGCGCACGCCCAAGCGUACCUAGUCUCAGCGAUACAACCGUGCACGCCUCUUCUAUGCCCAUGAUCCAAGCAAAUGCAAACAAAGGAAAGAGAAUGAACACGAGAGAUUCACAUGAGAACGCUCCAGA